AUGGACAGGCUUUUGACGUGUCGGGAGCACGUGCUUGGUUUAGGAGAGUGGGUGAUACAUGAUCGAGUCUUGGAGUUUGUUAGAUUAGCAGGGUUCUAUGGUGUACAUAGAUUGGUUGGUGGUGGAUUAGCCUUAGAUAGGUCUUUGAUCACAGCAUUGAUUGAGAGAUGGAGACAGGAGACGCACACUUUUCAUUUGGCUGUUGGUGAGGCUACUAUUACUCUGCAGGAUGUCGCUGUUUUGUUGGGGCUCAGAGUUCAUGGGGCUCCUGUCACAGGGGAUGGUACUGGGGUGUGGUCAGCUUUAGUCGAGGAGUUGUUAGGGAUACGACCAGAGCCUGGUGAUGAUGGAAAACCUGUUCUCCAGGGUUCAUCAUUGAGGAUGACUUGGUUGAGGCGACACUUCAGUCAGGGCCCCCCUGAUGACGCUGCUGAUAUUGUUUAUGAGAGGUUUAGCCGAGCAUAUAUUCUUGCACUUAUGGGGUCCAUUUUGUUUGCUGAUAAGAGCGGUGAUGCCGUGCAGCUCGUCUACUUGCCAUUGAUACGCGACUUGCGUAGAGCUGGGACAUACAGCUGGGGGAGUGCGACCCUUGCUUAUUUGUAUCGACAGAUGUGUCGAGCCGCUCGUAGACGAUCCCGUGACAUUGGUGGUCCACUUAUACUUCUGCAGUUAUGGUCAUGGGAGCAUAUUCACAUUGGUCGUCCGAGGAUUUCGAGAGUUCGCGAUGCUCCACCUCCUGACCCAGAGCAUCCUAUUGAGGUCGACGAUCCAUCUAUUCUUGGUACUCAGCAUCAGCGUGGAGUGGACCCCUUAGCAUGCAGUUGGCUUAGGGUUCACUUUUCAUGUGGCCAUACAGCUAGUGGACUCUCUUUCUUUAGGGAUGCACUUGACCAUCAAAAGGAGACACAGGUGCAUUAA